UUAAUGUCAUUACUCAUCAAGCCAUCAUCAAAAUCUUUCCUUUGACUUUCUGAUGGUUUAAACACGUUGUAAGUCGAAAAUUUAUAAAGAGUGCAUUUUCUGUGACAUGUGAUUAUUACAAUUUUCAGUAUUACUUCUGUAACAAGCCACUUUUUAAAAUGCCCUCACAGUAUUGAUGACAAAUAAAUUAACCGUUUUGUGGAUUGUACGGGUUAGAGGGCGCAAAUUGUUUUGUGUUGUUCCGUAGCAAUCAUGUCCGGUGAUUUAAUGGCUGGAAGGUACUGUAAACAUCAGAAUCAAGCAAAAAAGUUUCUCGAGGAAGCCUGCGCUUUGAUAGAACUUGGUAAUAUUGUAGAGAGUUUCAGACUGGGACACUUGAAACUUUGUGAACCUAGCAUUUGUAAUGAUUAUAUUGAGACAUGUAAGAAGGCGGGUCUAGAGUCUGUUGACGAACGCGCCUUCACCGCGUGGCUUAAGUCGGAGGCACCACGCCGAACCCGACCCACCUUAAGCCACACGCGCGUUGCUAAAUGUAUAAGAAAAACCACUGAAGCGAAAACUUGCGAAAUAUUCAAUUUGGAAAAAAAACCCAAAUGCAAACUUCAAUGUCUACACUCAGAGGUGCAUAAAGAUAGUAAGCGUAUAAAUCGGGAACCAGAAAAAUAUUCACGUAAUAGACAAAGUUUACCACCAUGUUCUAUAAAGGAUAAAAUGGUGCCCACUAAAGUGAAAGAAAAACGAAUAAACAGACAACUUGAAGCAUCAAACAUAGACCUGCCUAAGUGUAUGCAGUACCUUUUAAAAAAUUUAUCAAGCCAUGUAAAUUCUGGAAAGAAGUCAUCUAACAUAGACAUGGCUAAGUGUAUGCAGUACCUUUUAAAAGAUUUAUCAAGCCAUGUACAUUCUGGAAAAACGUCAAUUGCUCUAUUACCGAAAAAAGAUUACUCAAAGUGCAGCUUAAACACUAGGAAGAGGUCUUUUUCUGACACAUGUUUAUUUAACAAAGCAUAUAUGAAACAAAACACUAACAAGAAGGAUAAAGCCGAUCGAAUCUCGGCUGACUCAAAACCGUCCUUACAAUUAAAGAUACUACUAAACCCAAGUUCGAAUACCAUGAAUUUACAAAUCAAAUCAAGACAUGGGACGUGCGGAUCGGCGAAAAGUAAUCCGGACGCCAUUCAUUUCCGUUUGCCUUUUCAAUGCGACUCAUCUGUCAACAAACUAUCGACCAAUUUCUCAAGCUCAUUAUUUACUGAGCGGUCGGUACUAACUCCCUCAGCGCAGACAUCAAAUAACCGAGAAAUACAAUUCCCGAAACCAUAUGCUAAAACGCAAGCCGUGUAUCAUGUAUACGAUAUGACUCCAUAUCGGGGGUCUGGUACGAUGAAGGGCAUUAGGUCGCAAGUGUCUUUCAACUUUAACAUCGGCAACCGGUCACCGCAAACCGCCGAAAAACGCAUGUAUACUAACGAUGGGCGCCCAUUAACUUCAUCUCAAUCUGGUAGAUUAGCAGGGAACCGCAAAGUUCUCUAUAAAAAUAAAGUCAAUAUUGAUAGUGGAGCGACUUCCAUGCAACAAUCUUUUUCAUUAGGUAGGAGCGUUCCACAGUCAGAGAGUCCAUAUGAAACAGACUGUGUGACGGCGUACAGUGGCAAAAGCAGUGUGUUGGACACACAACUAGACGGUGAGCCGGUAUUAUGCGAAACAUGCUGCCAUGCAAACACGUUGCAACGAACCAGGCAACGAAUUUUUGAUCGAGUCGGAGCCGACCCUUUGGCCUUUGGCCGUUCGGUGAUUUUAUCACCAAUCGUCUUUCUCAAAAAUUGUUAUGAUAAAUACAUCAAAAAGGAAGAAAAACAAACAAGAAGUGUGGGGAAUUGUACCUGCAUUCCGUUUAAAGAGACUGAGCAAGUUACUGUUCAAGAAGAAAAUGUUAAUCCUGAUGAUUGUACAUUUCUCAAGAGGUGGCACAUGUGUUGA